AUGCACAGAUCCUUGAUCCAAUAUGGACUAAAGCAAAGCUUUUGUACCGUUGCCGCCCCCUGCGGUCGCUACUUUUGCUGCUCGACCACUCGGCGCACCUAUUCUACACGUCAACCCAAUGGACGGACGGGCGUCUCGAGCCGGGAGGGAUGGCCGGGGAAACCCAAAGAACGCUCUUCCGCAAACCUGACCUUGCUUGCAGAUGCAGAGUUUCAAGGAUUUCCUCAUCUCGAUCGAGCCGAGAAACUACAUCCGGAGAAGGAGGAUGAUCCUGACGGCGGGCGCAGUCCGCCAUCAAAGGCCGAUUCGUGCCAUGAAACAGAAAAUGCUGGAGGGAAGCAAAAUGCACACCAUCAGCCGGGGAAGCCUUUGGUUCGAAGAGACAUCACCGCGAGCUCGUUAGAAUAUUCAAGCCAAGAGGUUUUGGGCGAUCGAAACGCUCUCCUGCAACGCGAAUCCCCUGCGUUCGAAGUACCCUCAAAUUUCCCUGGAGACAAUGCCGCAGGGACGCACAAUGGCCACGAAAGACCAUAUAUGAGGAGGCUCCGCAAACCGAAGCGCUUUCGAGAACUCUUAUCAGAGGCGAGAAGGUCCGGAGCGGACAGCAAUACAAGCAUCGACUUGAACAACGGCAAGCCCAAGAAGACGUUGAUCAGAAGCGCAUUACCAACAGCAGUCCUCGAAGCAGAACUGCGGUGGAUUGCAAGGAACGCGCCGCACCCACGAGCCGUGCACAACAUCUUGAACAUCCUGGUUGAAGAGCGGAAGAUCAAGCCGACCCUGGAUCACUAUGAGGCCCUCAUCCUUGGGCAGUGUUUCCCGGAGUAUGGCUCCAUUGAGAACGUCAAGUCGAUCCUGCAAGAAAUGGAAAGGGAGAAUGUCCCUCUGGAAGUGCCCAUUCUUCUCGCGGCGUUGACAGUCCUCGCUGUACACCCCGACACAGGUCUCCGCGCAUCAAUCGUCUCACGGCUUGCGAAACAACAACUUCCCAACCCCGACACUCAAGCUCAUCUCAACAUCCUCUCCUUGAUACGUGAGGGUGAAUUAGAACUGGCAACCGUCGAACUCGAAACCCUUGCUCAGAAACCUUCGUUCGUUGGUGGGGGGAGGGAUAGCGCCUCCAUCCCGAAAUGGCUGUGGACCAUCUACAUCCAUGCGAUAUGCGAUAUACGGCAUGACUUCGACGCUCUUUUACAGCUUCUAUACAGGCUCUCUGACUCGGGAUUUCUCUUCCCGAGACCGACGUUACUGCACUUGCUCCUCAAAGCGAGUGACUUCGGCGACCCUCAUGUUACGAAAUUCAUCUGGUAUGGAUACGUGACGGGAAUGCAUAUAAUUCCCAACGAAGACAUGUGCAUGUCUGUCUUGCGACUCGCGGCUAAGGAGAAAGAUGUGAAGCUGGCAGAGUCUGUUGCCGUGGUGCUAGAGAGUGUAGCGGGAAGCAAGUCUACAGAUCCGCCGAGUUUGGUCGAUCAAAGACCUAUGUCGCGGCAGGAGGUGGGCAAGUUGACGUUCGAUUCGCCUGAGCUUCUGGGACAUAAGUCGGAGACUGAAUAUCGUCGCGAGUACCCAACUCUUGUGGGUAACGACAGUGACGGCGACAGUGGUGUCCAAGCCUCCCUAAGCGGUCCCAACCCAACAUCAAGCUUUUCCGAGUCCACACAACAAUCUCCCGGACAAUCCCAGGCUGACUUGACAAUCGCCUUUUCAACAUCACCUACCCUCCCCAAUCCCUCGGACCUGCCUCCUCGCCCUCUUCCUGCCGAAGCACUGUCCCUUCUUGCUGAGUUGGGAAUUACCGGAUUCGAACCCAUCACAGAUGUCGCCAGCGGCAGCAAACGUCUUAACUUUCGUACUGGCAAACUUGAGGAAUACGGCGGGAGAACCGGCCGACGGAGAAGGAGACCAUAUAGAGGCAUCUUGUACCCAUUGUUCAGGGAAGAGGCUGGGCUGUCUGGAGCGCGAUUUGAUCCACGAAUUGCACUGAUGCAGGGGUGGGACUGGAGGAAGAAGUGA